AUGAUAGUCAGCAUUAAGGAAGUCAUUUCUGAGUUGGAAGAUUUUAUUGUUAAAGACUAUUCUCCUGAACAUAUACUUGAAAACUUCAAGGGAGUUUGGUUAAACAGAAUCGGAGGAUGCGCUAAUUUAUUAAAGUUGGAACUGGAUCAAACAAAGAAUUUCAAAUACUUCUUUAAAAAAUUGGAGUUGAAGGUCACUUUCAGUAAUGAAUUAAAGCAAAUAUUUGUCUCCAACUUUCACAAACUGGAUAGCAAUCGCUUUUGGUAUUUGAAUUCCACAGAAACUACACCUAUAUCAGUUGAAGAGAGGCUAUUUAAUUAUGGCUUAAAAUGCCAAUACAUUCAUCCCAUCCACUCAUUCAUUAUAGACCUUGGUAAUUUGACCUUGCAAGAAAUUUUUACCGAAAAGGAACUUUUAAAAAUAAAAGAGUUUGGCAGUUCCUUGUUGGUGCAUUCUCUCGCUGAAGCUAUCAGCCUUGGAUUGUCAAAAUUAGGAGAAUUGAAUGAUACAUUGGAAUUCUAUAGAGCAUACAACUUGCAUUAA